AACGCUGCGGGGGGAGGGUCCUGCGGGGGUGUCCCGGGAUUCCCCUGUCCCCGCCGCGCGCUGCCUCCGGCGCUUUCGCUUUCGAUUCCGCUUCCAACCUGCGGAGCCGGGAUCUGCCCGGCGACCGGUGACGUGUCCGCGGCGGUUCGGGCUGCCAUUGGCGGGCGCUGGGUGGCGGAGCCAAUGGCGGGCGCGGGGCCGGCGCGGAGCCGAUGGCGGACGCGGGGCCGGAGCGGAGCAGCGCGAUGGGGCCCGGCCGGGGGCUGGGGCUGGGCCUGCGACUGCUGCUGGGGCUCUUCGGCGGGGCGGCGGGGGGGCCCCACUCCCUGCGCUACUUCUACACUGCGAUGUCGGAGCCCAGCCCGGGGGUGCCCCAGUACAUGAUUGUGGGGUAUGUGGACGGGAACGUCAUCUUGCGCUACGACAGCGAGACGGGGAGAGCAGUGCCCGGGGCGGACUGGAUGGCGGCCAACCUGGACCAGGCGUACUGGGACAGACAGACCCAGAUCGGGCAGAGGAAUGAGCAGGUUGACCAUGUGAAUCUGGAGAUACUGGGGGUCCGCUACAACCAGAGCGGGGGGGCUCACACGCGGCAGCGCAUGCUUGGCUGUGACCUCCUGGAGGACGGUAGCACCAGGGGGUAUUAUCAGAAUGCCUACGAUGGGAGGGACUUCAUCGCCUUGGACAUGGACACGAUGACGUUCACCGCGGCAGACGCAGGGGCACAAAUCACCAAGAGGAGGUGGGAGGAGGACGGGACUGUCGCUGAGAAGAAGCAGCACUAUGUGAAGAACACCUGCAUCGAGUGGCUGAGGAAAUACGUGAGCUACGGGCGGGCCGUGCUGGAGAGGAAAGAGCCCCCCGCGGUCCGAGUGUCGGGGAAGGAGGCCCACGGGAUCCUGACCUUGCGCUGCCGCGCUCACGGCUUCUACCCGUGGCCCAUCACCGUCAGCUGGCUGAAGGACGGCGAGGUGAGGGACCAGGAGACGGAGUGGGGCAGCGUCGCGCCCAACAGCGACGGCACCUACUACACCUGGGCCUCCAUCGAGGCCCGCCCGGGGGAGCAGGACAAGUACCGGUGCCGCGUGGAGCACGCCAGCCUGCCCGAGCCCGGCCUCUACGCGUGGGAGACGGAGUCCAACCUGUGGGCCAUCGUGCUGGGGGUGGCCAUUGCCGUCGGGGCCGUCGCUGCCAUCUGUGGAUUUCUCGUAUGGAAGCGGAAGUCGGGGAAGAAGAAGGCGGGCUACGGCAUGGCGUCAAGCACCGACAGUGGGUCUGGCAGCACGGGCACAGGGGUCACCGCCUGAGCGCUGGACGAGGGGCCGGCGCGUGGCUGGAUGCGGCCCCUGCCCUGGCCGCGGCUGGAGGCAGAGAGGAGCUGGGGGAGGCCGGGGGCUGCCUGCAGAGAGAGCUUGUCCCGCCGCCCCCGCCCAGCCCCGCUGUGGUGCCGGGUCUUCUUCCCGCUUCCUAUUUGCCGAUUCUUUCAAAUUCUGUAUGAUGCAAUUAUCAGCGAUGUUUUUAUUUCGA